CCAGAGCUUUUUCAUCUUCUUUCCCAAGACUCAAGAUUCAGUUGAAUCAUGAAACCAAUCAUCAGAGGACCGUUGUCCCACCACCUCUUCUUCAGACUCGCCACCUCCUCCUCCUCCAUUUCUUUCUCAACUUCAAGCCUCUCCAUCAACACCCCAUCACUCCACACACUUUCUUCCUUCCACCUCCUCACCCUAUCUCCUUCCAAUACCCACUUCCCCAUUUCUCCAAAUCAACCAACCCCACAUCAUCAGUUCACUCACAGAAGGCCUUUCUCAUCUGUAAGAUCAGACCCCUCUUCCAUUGAACCACCUCCUCCCAAUGCAAUUCCUGUUGUUUCCACCGUUGCUUCCCCAUUUGAGAGCUCUCCAUCCAUCGAUGCUGGUUCUUUGAUCCGAAAACCCAUUAGUUUGUGGCCUGGGAUGUAUCAUUCCCCUGUGACCAAUGCUUUAUGGGAAGCAAGAUCCAGCAUCUUUGAGAAAUCUCAAGAGCUUCCAAGUGAUGCCGCUUCAGAGAGUGAAUUAGUGCCCAAAACCCCAGCGCAGAGCCGGACCAGUAUUAUAUAUAAAUUUUCAUCUGAUUACAUACUCAGAGAGCAAUACAGGAACCCUUGGAAUGAGAUCAGGUCUGGGAAGUUGCUUGAAGAUCUUGAUGCUCUUGCUGGAACAAUCUCCUUUAAGCACUGCAGCAACGACAAGGGCGCAGCAAUGCCCUUCUUACUGGUCACAGCUUCUGUCGACAGGAUGGUGCUCAAGAAACCCAUCCGGGUUGACACUGAUCUGAAAAUAGUUGGUGCUGUAACAUGGGUUGGAAGGUCAUCCAUGGAGAUAAGAUUAGAGGUGAUUCAACCAACACCAGAGGCCUCUGAUCCCUCAGACUCACUAGCCUUAACAGCAAACUUCACAUUUGUGGCUCGUGACUCCAAGACAGGAAAAUCAGCGCCCAUUAACCAGAUCUCCCCAGAAACCCAACAAGAAAAACUGCUCUGGAGAGAAGCAGAAGACCGGAAUCAGAUGAGGAAAAAGAAGAGAGGAGAAAACAUGAGGGGACUCAACGAUAGGGAGGCUGACCGGCUCGAAGCAUUACUGGCUGAAGGACGGGUCUUCUGCGACAUGCCCGCUUUGGCUGAUAGAGACAGCAUUCUUAUCAGGGAUACUCGCCUCGAGUACUCCAUCAUUUGCCAGCCACAGCAGAGGAACAUCCAUGGUCGGAUUUUUGGUGGAUUUUUGAUGAGAAAAGCAUUAGAGCUGGCUUUCUCAACAACUUAUGCCUUCGCAGGUGCUGCACCGCUCUUCGUAGAAGCUGAUCAUGUUGAUUUCUUGAAGCCUGUGGAUGUUGGAAAUUUCCUUCGUCUCAAGUCUUGUGUUCUGUAUACUGAACUCGAGAACCCAACUCGACCAUUGAUCAAUGUAGAAGUUGUAGCUCAUGUUACAAGGCCCGAGCUCAGGUCAAGUGAGGUGAGUAUCAGGGAAAGAACACAAUACAAUCAACAGUUAAAACAAAAAGGAUAUUCAUACCCAGCAUGUCAAAUGGAAAGUGAGAUAAGAUUAUUCUGUUUUUCGAAGCUUUAUUUCAUCCUGUUUUUAUACAUUGUGUAUUCUAGGAUGCAUUUACACCUUAGGAUAUACAGAACCAAACAAGGCAAAGACUAGAAAUCAGAGCUUCAACUCUAGCGAUCUUGAGUUACCUUAAACUACCAACUUUUUUCUAAAAGCUUAAACUGCAAUGACUAGAGAUUAGAGACUUGAAUGCCAGAGUACCUGAGUUUGCUUAUUCGCCUUUGUUAUGUUUCUGCAAUUUUGAAUAGGUAUCAAACACUUUCUACUUCACAUUCACUGCCCGGCCAGAGGCAAUGAAGGAUGGAUUGAAAAUUAGGAGUGUUGUUCCUGCUACAGAAGAG